AUGAAGUCUGUCAUCGCUGUCUGCUCCCUCCUGGUCGCAACCAUUGCUGCCGCACCACUCGAGACUCGGGAUGCCCCAUCUGUGACAUUUGCCCUCUCCAACGAUAGAUCUGGUGCCUAUGCAGGUGCCUCUUUCUCUGCAGAUGGCACUGAUAAGACAAUCGCAUCUCUCUUUGGUACCUCAUCUGUCGCAUCGGGUGGUCAGAUCCGGGCCACAUCUGCCCAGCUGACGGCGUUCCCCCAAACCAUUAGCUGUGUUCUCAAGAACAACGGAGCUACUGUCACCACUUUCACAGCUCAACACACUUACUUCGAUCUUGAUGGAAAUCCCAGUGCUGCCACUCCUGUCGAUGUCACUGGCGCCGUUAUCAACUGCCAUGCUUAA